GCGCAGAGGAAUGCAGCCAGAUCCACCGCGCACUUCCCACGACGGUGCAUCUUCCCGUGCAUCCCGGCGAGCACAUGGUCGCAUCAUCCUCUCUUCCACGUUUUCUACAUGGAUGGCUUGUUUAGUCCGGAGUCCAGACUAUGGAGUCUGGACACAGGUGACGAUCGCCCACAGAUCUAGCUAGAUGGAUCCCUUCCUGACUGCCUCUGUUCGUAGUCCCAACGAUAGGGUGCCGAUUCCAGGCCGUUGUGCCUCGGGAUUCCUCCGAUCCUCAGUGCUACUACUUCCUAUAUAAGCGCUGGGCCUCACUUGCUCACUUCGUGCACCACUGGCCGGCGCCGCUGACUUAAGUUAGCUUCCCCUUCCUUCAUCUGGUCUGGUUCAUAUUAGCUGGGAUCGGCCUGAGGCUUAGGAGCUAGAUCGAUCAUGGCGUCGGCCACCAGUAAUGGUGGGACGACGGGCAAUGCCGGGCUGGCUGACCCGCUGCUGGUGAGCCGCGAUCAUGGCAGCACCAAGAAGCAGGUCGGUCCCAAGGGCAAGUACUGGGAGGCUGCUGACAAGGUGGAGCGCCGGGCGGCCAAGGAGAGCGGCGGCGAGGAUGGCCGGCAGCUGCUGUUCCGGACGUACAAGGUCAAGGGCACCCUCUUGCACCCGUACAGGAUGCUGAUCUUCAUACGCUUAAUUGCCGUCCUUCUAUUCUUUGUAUGGCGCAUCAGGCACAACAAAUCUGACAUCAUGUGGUUUUGGACAAUGUCUGUCGUUGGGGAUGUCUGGUUCGGCUUCUCAUGGCUGCUCAACCAGCUCCCAAAGUUCAACCCCAUUAAAACCAUACCUGAUCUUGUCGCCCUAAGGCAACAAUACGAUCUCCCAGAUGGGACAUCUAGACUCCCUGGCAUCGAUGUCUUUGUCACCACUGCUGACCCAAUUGAUGAGCCAAUACUAUACACCAUGAAUUGUGUCCUCUCUAUCCUAGCUUCUGACUACCCAAUUGAUAGGUGUGCCUGCUAUCUCUCAGAUGAUAGUGGAGCAUUAAUCCUAUACGAGGCAUUGGUUGAGACCGCAAAAUUUGCUACUUUGUGGGCUCCCUUUUGCCGGAAGCAUUGUAUCGAGCCAAGAGCCCCAGAAAGUUACUUUGAACAAGAGGCACCGUUGUACAGUGGAAGAGAACCAGAGGAGUUCAAGAAUGAUCAUAGGAUUGUACAUAGGGAGUAUGAUGAGUUCAAGGAGCGCUUAGACUCACUAUCUAGUGCUAUUGCCAAGCGCUCCGAUGUUUACAACAGCAUGAAGACCGAAGAAAAAGAUGUAAAGGCGACUUGGAUGGCAAAUGGGACACAGUGGCCAGGUGCUUGGAUUGACACAACAGAAAAUCAUAGGAAAGGAAACCAUGCCGGGAUUGUUAAGGUUGUUUUGGAUCAUCCAAUCCGUGGGCAUAAUCUUGGCUCACAAGCAAGCAUUCACAAUGACCUCAACUUCACCAACAUUGAUGUGCGCAUCCCAAUGCUCGUGUAUGUCUCUCGUGGAAAGAACCCAAGCUACGACCACAAUAAAAAGGCGGGUGCCUUGAAUGCGCAAUUGCGUGUAUCUGCGCUACUCUCCAAUGCACAAUUCAUCAUCAACUUUGACUGCGACCACUACAUCAAUAAUUCUCAAGCCCUGCGUGCAGCUGUCUGCUUUAUGCUAGAUCAAAGGGAAGGUGAUAAUACUGCCUUCGUUCAGUUCCCUCAACGUUUUGAUAAUGUUGAUCCAUCAGAUCGAUACGGCAACCACAAUCGUGUCUUCUUUGAUGGUACAAUGCUCGCCCUCAAUGGCCUCCAAGGGCCCUCUUACCUCGGCACUGGUUGCAUGUUCCGCCGCAUAGCGCUCUACGGCAUUGACCCUCCUCAAUGGAGACAGGCCAACAUCGCAAUUGAAGGUACCAGGUUUGGUAGCUCCAUACCCUUCCUAGAUUCCGUGUCAAAAGCCAUAAACCAAGAACGGUCUACCAUACCACCACCACUCAGUGACCAGUUUGUCGCUGAGAUGGAGAAGGUCGCGUCAGCUUCACACGAUAAGCAAACCGGGUGGGGCAAGGGUGUUGGGUACAUAUAUGACAUAGCCACAGAAGAUAUAGUGACCGGAUUCCGCAUCCACGGGCAAGGUUGGCGUUCCAUGUAUUGUACAAUGGAGCGUGACGCCUUCUGUGGUAUUGCACCCAUCAACCUAACCGAGCGCCUCCACCAAAUUGUGCGUUGGUCUGGUGGAUCUUUAGAGAUGUUCUUCUCCCGCAAUAACCCACUCAUUGGCGGCCAUAGGAUUCACACCCUUCAACGAGUCUCAUACCUCAACAUGACAGUCUACCCAGUCACAUCACUAUUUAUCCUACUCUAUGCUCUUAGCCCUGUGAUGUGGCUUAUUCCUGACGAACUAUACAUUCAAAGGCCAUUCACCAGAUAUGUUGUUUACCUUCUCGUGAUCAUUUUGAUGAUCCAUAUAAUUGGAUGGCUCGAGAUAAAAUGGGCGGGGGUCACAUGGUUGGAUUAUUGGAGGAAUGAACAAUUCUUCAUGAUUGGCUCGACAAGUGCAUAUCCCACAGCCGUGCUGCACAUGGUGGUCAAUCUCCUUACAAAGAAGGGUAUACACUUCAGAGUGACUUCAAAGCAAACAGCUGCUGACACCAAUGACAAGUUUGCUGACUUGUAUGACAUGCGAUGGGUGCCAAUGUUAAUCCCGACAUUGGUAGUUUUGGUUGCUAAUGUUGGUGCCAUUGGUGUCGCCAUGGGUAAAACAAUAGUGUAUAUGGGAGUAUGGACAACAGCACAGAAGACACAUGCUGCAAUGGGUCUGCUAUUCAAUGUGUGGAUUAUGGUGCUCCUUUAUCCGUUUGCAUUGGCGAUCAUGGGACGGUGGGCAAAGAGACCGGUCAUCCUAGUUGUCUUGUUACCGGUUGCCUUUGUAAUAGUUGGCCUUGUAUAUGUUGCUGUUCAUAUCUUAUUUGCUAGUUUUGUUCCAAUCUAGCUAGGGGGUAUAGUAAAAACCAUUACAUGUUUAGCUUCUGUAGUAAGUUAGGAACCAACUACGGUCCUUGUAUCAAAUAAAACAAUGUAUUCUAUUUACUUGAUGAUAAUAGAGAAUGUUUAUAAAGUUGGGUUUU